AUGACCACCGCUAUGGCGAAGCCCAUGGUCGCAACCGUGGAUAUGCUGCAGGUUAUUAUGAUGAAAACCCCGAUAGUCGGCGAUACGAUGCAAAACGCGGCUAUGGCUCACACCGUCCACGACACGAAUUUCAACGUCGAUCAUCCCGCCGGUGCUGCAGAGGCCUUCUCGACGCGCAAAGAACCUGGAGAAUGGAAGGGAGACAAAGGGAAGCAUGUUGUGACGGCAGCUAUCACCAAUGGAUUGAUUAAUAAGGAUCCAAGCAAGUCUCAGAAACACCACAUCGUGGGUACUACACUUCGGGGCUUACAUGAAGGUGCCCCGAGCCGUGAAGAGAGAGCUGAGAUUCAGCGUCGAGUUGGCGGAAGCCAUACAUCGAGCAACCUUAAGAAAGCUGCUGCAGUAGGUGCGGUGGCCUUCGCGGGAAAGGAGCUCUAUGACCGAUUUGUUCGCUCGAGAUCUCCGGCACAAGACUACAACAAUGACCGUUACAGAUCGAACAAACGCAGUCAGAGUGUUUCGGAUGACUGGCACCGUGGAACGAAGUUUUCAGACCAUGAAGAAAGCGAUGAUCAAAGAAGCGCUCGAUUCAAAGACAGAGAUGGUCAAUCCAACCACGGAGCAAGUUAUUCUAGGCGCGAUCCCGACUCCAGGAAUUGGGAUUAUAGCUCUGAUGGGUAUUCGAGCUCGGAUAUCGAAAACAACUAUCAUGAAGAUGAUUACGGACGACAACGAGGCUCUCGAGAUCUGGCCCGACCACGUUCCUUGAACAGCUCAGAUGAAAAGAGAAAGGAAAAGAAAAUGAAGCGUGAUAUGCUGUUGUCCUCCGGGCUAGCCACUACGGCAACCCACAAGCAACGCAUGGAUCAGCUGGAAUAUGGAGAGAUCACGGCCGAUGAGGCGCGCGAGGAGCGCAUUAAAUCCAACAGGAUUGAUGAGGCGAGCAUCGGUCUCACCGCGCUGGGUAUCAAGGGUGCGUAUGGAGAGUGGAAAGCAGUGAACGAGAAGCGUUAG